UCCAUACAUUUUACUUUCAGUUGGAAGUUCGCUGCUUUUACAUACGGUUCGCUCUUCAUCUUUCCUUGUCAGAGUAAAAUAAAUAUGGACGCCGAAGGACUUCAUCUUUCAAUGAAUUAUAUUUCCAGUAGCGGAAUAGUACUCAGUGCUGAACAGAAAGCGGCUCUUGAAACAUCUAUGGUGAUUUUAAGAACAAAUUAUAAAUUUCACAAAGUUUGGUUUUGGGGAAAGAUUUUGGGAAUAAAAGACGAUUAUUUUAUCGCUCAAGGAGCUGGAAGAAAUGAAUUAUCGAACAGAAAAACACUUUACAGCUUAAAUUGUGUUGAAUGGCAUCUACUUCCUCCAGCGAGUGAAACAGCAAUGACAAAUUCAAAGAUAAUUCAUGGAAGAUUCCAGGGAGAUCCGUCUUAUGAAUAUGAACAUACAGAAGUGAAAAGAGUUGGAGAUGGAGAGGACUUUACAGAGGAAGAAGUUACAAUUCAUUUGAAAGAAGAGGAUCGUCUUGCAGCGGUGAUUUCAUCAAUAGAUGAAGAUGCAGCAAUUGUACCUCGAGGUGCUUUUGUUAGGACUCCUCUUGGUGAAGUUCACACAAACAGAAGUUUUGAAGGUCUUUCAGUGACUGAAGCAGGGAAACUGUCAUCAUAUAUGCAUUUUCGUGAAGGGCAAUACCACACAAAGAAAACUAUCAAGGAAAAGGCAGAUUUGGAUCCUUCCAUUGAUUUCUUAGACUGCAUUGAAGAGGACAUACCAAGAGGAUCAUGGAGCCUUAAAUUUGAGCGUGGAAGUGGACUGGUCUGCUUACGUAGCCUGAUGUGGCUCGGACAAACGUUCUACCACGUUCCAGACUCAAGAAAAUAUGGCAGAGUAUACGUUGGAACAGGAGAAAAGAAUCUUGAUAUUCCAUUCAUGCUCUAAUUCAAUUUUCAGAUUCUAAAUUUUAUAUUUUGUUCUUCUGUAAAAAGUCACUACAAAUUUUGUAAUAAUAAAUAUUAGCUGUAUAUUGUUGGAUUGAUGAAUCAAUUCAUGCUGCGUCAACAAGAAAAAAGAGCAAUUAAGAAUAAUAUUUUCUCACAUACGAUGAAACUCAUAAACAGGCACGAGACGGACUUGUAUAUGUGCAUGCCCUGAGAUGAUUGCACAAUUUUUACCUAAAACAAAUUAUAUCAGAUAACAUUCACAUCUCCCAGAUUGAAUAUGAAUAAGCAAAAUAAGAGAGAGGUUUAUGGUUUCAAUUUCGAUAAACUAAACUGUGCAAUUCAGAAUAGGUAUGACCAAUGUAGUUGCUAAAAAAUGAGCUGGAAAUUAGAAAUCAAAAUGAACGGUCAAAAAACAGUGGAACGAUGAUUAAAACCUUAGACCGAAACCAAGUCAAGUUUAUUUUUUCCAACCAGUAAAUAAAUAAAAAUAAUAAUUGAACACAGAAAAUACAAGAAAAAAAAGGAAAAUUACAGUUUUACUGGAUGAGGGAAGUCGCGAGGAAACAAAGAUGGUAAUAGAGAAGCGACAAAGCAAAGAUCUCAGAUUCAAUGCCAUUCUCACCAAGAGUGUAAUGUGUUGGCUAGGCAAUGCCAAAACCACAAUCAGUAAUUUAUU